AUGGCCAUAUUCCUGGGGAGGAAAAAAAAAAGUUGGCCAGAUAGCGAAAAUGGGUCUUACAAGCUAAAUGGUGGAAGGAAAGGGGAGAAUGGGCCUACACAGAGCAUCAAACUAACGGAGAAAAGCACCACCGCAGAGGGUGUUGACGAUAAUUUAAUUUAUAAUUGGGCGUUCGACAUGUUUGAAGAUGACUAUUUAAGUUAUGACCGUGUGUGCAAAUUUGAUGAUAGUCAAAAUUGCCUUAACGGGUCAGGCGAAAGUUUCUACACAAAUGGCCUGAACAAGUCAAGCGAUAGCUUUCACAAAAGUUGCACAAACGAGUCAGGUGGUGGCCGUCCCACGAGUGACCCGCAAGAAAGCGGAAACAUCGGGAGCUACUACAUGGAAAGAAAAACCCGCAGCAUCCACAGCGAGGAGUGCCCAAAGGGGCAUCCCGCAAAUGGUGGAAUUGACAAUAAUUGCAAAAAAGUGUUACCUGGAAGGGGCGAGGAAUAUUUUCACGUCGAGCAAAAUGGAUGGAAGGAAGACAAUUUUUACCUGAACAGUCAUAAUUUUGAGCACAUUUUUAACCAAAGUGCAAAUCAGCAAAGUCCACAUAGCUGCUACGAAAAAGACUUGCACAUUGACAGUUGGUCGAAAAGUCCAUUUUGCAAAAAUGACGAGGCAUACAAUGAGAACAAUUACACACGCCAGGAAGAAAAAUACGUUGAAAAUAAAAAAAAAUAUAUUUGUGAGGAAAAAAAAAACAACGCAAAAAUUGACAUGUUAAAAAAAGCAACGACAUACGACCAAUUAUCACCAUCAAAUCGCGUUUUCACAGAUGCCUACAUCAAUAAACAAAUAAAUGCAAUUUUUGGAGAUUGCAAAAAAGACGGUGAUUUAAGUGAUGAUAAUAUUGCACAAUUAGUUCAUGGCACUUUUGUGAGGGGAAGAAAUUUCUUAUUUCGAAAAAGUAUUGAUAUGGAAAUUGAGAAAAAGGAACAUAUGAAAUACAACCCCACGACGCUUUUGCAAGAAAAUCAAUUUUUAAAAAAUAAUUUUAGCCAUGAAAAUUACGACAAUUCGGAAAAAUUAAAUGGCCACAAUAACAACAUAUUGAUGUUUAACGUUGCGCAAUAUUUCUUGGAGGAUAACAAGCACGAUAAUUUUUCGUGCAAAAGCAUUAACGUUGGGUCAUAUGAAAGUAGGAAGUUUACCACCGCCACUACCAUCUCAGGACAGGGACAGGGAAAUGACUUGCAUGAAUUUUUACACUUUUGUGAUCAGAGCCAAGUUGGAAGUGAACCGAGAGAACGCCAAUUAUAUGACUUGCUCGAAAUUUAUGACAGAAAUAAUUACACCAUUCCAAUUGAGGAAGGAACGCAGGACGAAUUUGUGGAAAUUUAUGAUACCAUUAAUGGCACAGGGAGGAAAGAAACUAGCAACAUGAAUGAUGAAUUUCUGGAGAUCUAUCACCAGGAGGAAAAUUCAAUCUUGCAUGUCGAAGAUGAAUUUCUGCACAUUCGUGAGAAAUCACAAAGGAGUGGAGCUGGUCCCCAGGAGGACGAAUUUUUAGACAUAUACGACAAAAUUGUUAGCGCGAAGGGUGCGCAGGUUGAUGAGUUUUUUGAUAUCUGUGGCGGGGAGGAGAGGUUCCAGCAGCUGCGGCAGCGGCAGCGUGAAGGUUGGGGAGAGCAAGUGGUUGGCAACGCUGAGAGGAAGUGCUUGGAAAAGGCAGACCGUCAUGAAGGUGGGAAAAGUGAGCAAAGUGAGCAAAGUGAGCAAAGCGACCAACUGCGCCAAAGCCGGGGAAACCACUUUACACCCAGCUACAAUGCGAGGAAAAAGGCUAAGCAAAAUGAACCCCCCGAUCCGUUGGAAGAUCCCCCCCAGGGAAAUAACAGCUCCGUGAGCGAGAGACCCAAAAGUUACUCUUCAUUCACGUAUGCUUCUGGGAAGGAAGUGAACAUAAAUAAAGACGUGCUAAACGAAAUGAGGAAAAGACUGUUCGGCGAUGACGAUGAGGUAGAAGGGUGCAUUUCCAGGGAGGCAAUUCCGACCAAGGGAAGCACCCAAGUCAGGCCUAUUAGCAGUCAUAAUUACCCAUUUAGGAGCGUGCAUUUGUCCAGUGAAAGUGGCCCCCCGAGCAGUGGCAAGGAGCACAAAUCGUUCACGUACGCCUCUGGGAAGGAAGUGAGCAUAAACAGGGACGUGCUGAACCGGAUGCGGGAGACGCUGUUCGGGGAUGACAGCGUCGUCAGCGGCAACGCUAAUAAUAGUAGCAGUGGCGAUGCCACUGGCAGUAGCAGUAACAGCAAGAGCAACAGCAAUAUCGACAGCAACAUCAACAGCAACAUCAACAGCAACAUCAACAUCAACAGCAUCGGCGGGAGGGAAGAAGACAAAGGGGUGAAGAAGGAAGCGGAGAGUAGGGGGUCCCACUUUAGCAACGCGAACAAGGUGAAUCUGUCUGAUGGGUCAGAGCAUGACAAGCAUGUUAUAACAGGACAGAGGGAAAUCAAAGUAGAAGAGGAGGUUAAGAAGAACCAAGAAAGUGAGAAACUGUCCGCGUGCAGGGACCCUCAGUCGAAGGGUAUCAAAGUGGAGUGCACACAAAAGGGAAUUCUACCAGAAGGGAGCGACCAGACAGGAAGAAGCACCCUUCACGAAGGGGUAAGAGUAAAAGAAGAGGAACUAUACGAAUCGGAGGGUUACAACGAAAUUAUAAACAAGGAGGUGAAUCUGUUGCACAGUAUAGAAUGUAAGGACAGCACCUCUGCAGAGGGUGGAAACGCCUCAAAGAGGAGAGUAGGAAGACAAAUGUUGAGGAGUAAUGUGAAGAGCAAAAAUAAUUUUGUUAAUCCGAGGAAGCGUAAGUUAAGCGAAGAAGCGAGCGGGACGCAAUGGGCUCACGAAAGGGGAGGAACUAAUCAAACGAAUGAGACAAAUACCACUUCCAUUGGUAAAAAAAACAAACAACUCGAUUUAAACCUCAACUUGAGAGACCACUUGAAGUUCAUAAGAGACAUGUACACCCUUUUGGCGAAGAGGAAAAAGUUAAAAAGAAACAGAAGAUUGACAAACACCCUCAUGUAUGUGAAUGAAAAUAAAGGGGGGUGCACAUUUAAUUGGUCCGACAAUGACUACUUGUAUUUUCUAAAGAGUGAAGAACUGAAUGAGUACUACACUGCUGACGUGACUGUCUUGUACGAGCUGUUCGUUUUGACCACGAAACAGCUCGACAUCUUCCAUUCGUACGAUUUUGCCUGGUUUUUAAAGAAGUACAAAUUGGUAACCAUGGCGCUGGUGCGUAAGUACACGAAGGAGCUCCAAAGAAGGUACAAUCUACUGCGCGAGGGGGAGAGGGAGGUUGAGGAUGAGGAUGAGAGGUUCCAUCCCAAUAGAAGUUACUUCCAUGAAGGGAAAGAACAUUUCGGGGAGGUCCUCUCAGAAUGCAGGAAUGGAGAAAAGCGCACCCUGAAGAGGGAACGUGGCAGCGUUUUUAAACCCCUUGUUAAGGAGGAAAAGGAUGAGCGGCAUGAAGAAGGUUAUACUGCCCCCUUCGCAGGAGGGUGUACGUAUGGGGAGACACCGAGUUUACGUCCCCGUGUGAAGAGUGAAUUUUUGAGCGGGCAGUUCCAAAACGGUUCCAUCCUCCGUGGGGAUAUGCAUCACUGUGGGGUGGAAGUGGACGGGACGAGCGGGAUGGUGCUGAGAGGAGACGUGGCUAGACUCCCGCCCCCCGAGUAUCCACUCUACACAUAUGAAUUUGGACAAAGAAUUCGAAGGUCCACCGAGUCAAUGCUGACCAUUCGAACCAUCGACGAGGUGGAGCCCCCCUCCCCAAUCGAGUUCAUGUUCAAAUUGCUAAAACGAUAUAUAGAGGAAAGAAAAAACAAAAAAUCCAUCCUGCAAAUGAUGCAGGAUAACACGGUGUCAUACAAAGUGCCUGUAAAUCUGCGAGUAGAAAAAAUUAUAAAAAGAGAAGACAACGAAUUUGUUUUCAUUUUGAGUGACAACUUCGAGUACAUACAUUGCAUCGCGAAAGAUUCUUAUUUAAAAAAUUUACUCAUGUCAAAUAUAAUAAAGCAAGGCAAUGUGUUAAGAAUUAAUGCCCUUGAUUUGCACAACCAGACACCACAGGAGCAAACUCCGAGUGAGCUGUGUCAUAAAUCCGUCAUGUUGUUUGCCCUUUCUAGUAACGAUUUGAUCGAAAUAGAUCAACAGAAUAAGCUCAGAGUAGGGUUGACAAAAUAUAGGGCCAAAAGAAUUAAACAUAUUGAGCACUGGGGAAAUUCCUGCUUCUUUGUAGAUGUCAUAAUUAUCAGCAAGAGUGAUUUUUCCUACGGGUUCUAUGAUUCCGUAAAGAAGAAGUACUACCUGCUACAUAGCAAUGUGUACGAGAAGAUUAUCUACAAUUUGAGACACGAAAUGAGCAAGCUCCUGCAGGAGGAGAACUUUCAGGAGGAUGCUCGAUACACGAAAGUGAAGAACGACUUGAGUAUGUUCCUCGAGGCCACUUCCUUUUGCGCCGUGCAGGCCAUAGACUUCGCGACCUGCGAGCGGAUAAGGGGGGCGGCAUCUCUGGAUGACAAGAUCGAGCACAUCAUCAACUCGCUGUGCAGAGUGAAGCUCUUCCGGAUGGACAUGGAGACGUACGAAGGCCUGCGGCGGGGGAACCGCAUCCAGCUGUUCAACGUGUACGUGCAAAAGUCAAACAGGAACAACAAAUUCAGUCAGGUGCUUGGUGAAGACAUUUUGGACGAUUUUAUUUACGAGACAUUCGAGGGGGACAACAAAGCUAACCACAUGAAGAAGGCAAUCAAUUAUGACUCUUUUGAAUCCCACUUUUUUAAGAAAGAGAUGGAGAGCAGAAAUGGAGCUAGCGAAGGAAGCUACCCAGAUUACUACCCGGAUGGUUACCUGCAGAACCCAUUCAGCGGGUUCUUGGGGAGAGGCAAAAAGUACACGCCCAUAGUCCUUCAAGCCACCCAUGCGACGUACAUGAAUUUGGAUGAAAAAUAUAGGAGCAAAUUGUUCGAAGAGCUUAACGACAUGGUGACCUUGCAAAGUAGCGCACAAGGGAACCAAGCUGGAAGGAAAAGCCAAAUCAAACUUAAGAGAGAGGAGCAGCAGGUUUGCUACCCAUCGUUUAUCUAUACGAACGUUUUUAAAGUCCCCGUUUUGUCCAGAAUCCACAUGGCCCUUUUGAGAAACUACACGAAGAUAAAUGCGAGCGGAAAAAGUUUCUACUACGAUUUAAUUCAGGGCAAUAUGUACACCCUCUCGGGGGUGAUAGUGCACUACACGGACGUCGAAAUGAAGGAAGUUAUUGACUUCUCUUGCGCUGAAGAAAAAAAGAACAUUUUGUUUUACAAAGUUUUUCUCCUAACGUCCAACGGAAAUCUAUGCUGUGUAAACAUUUCAAUGAUUUCUCCAGACUCCUUAAUCUCGACAUAUAGGAAAGACUUCGAGUGCAAGGAGAGAGAAAUGCUUAAGAAGAUGAUUCACGUUCAGCAUGUAGAGCCUAGUGGGGUCCACAAGGGAGGACAUAAAAGGGGCCAAACAGACAGCAGAAGUGUUGCUAGCAAUAAUGGGAAUCAUUUGUACAAUUACUUGUACAAGGUAGAAAGAAAAAACAAGGAGAGUGCUUCCAAGGAGGACAUGGCCAACAAGAAUGUUGAUGUUUUUAUAUUUUUUAAAGAUGUGGAGUUUAUCAAUUAUGACGAGAAGUACGAUAUUUAUAACUUCCGAUCAUACAAUCACCCGCACUUUCACCCCCCGAGGUUGUACUCGAACGAGUUUGAGCACACAAAAAGGAGCAUAGCGGAGUUAAUCAGAGGAAAAUAUAUCGAAUGUGAGAAGAACAGACUAAUCGUGAAACUAACCAACAGCUGGAAAAUAAAAAUCGAAAAAGACAAUCUGCCAUACAUGCAUUUCUUUUAUUUACUUAUUUACUCAAAAUCGAAAUCCAUUGAAUUGACUGGAGUUCGUCUUAAGAACAAUUACUUAUCCACCUUUUUGAAGAAUAUGUGGACUGUGUUUGUUAAGUAA